AUGAACAAACCAGCUCUGUGUGGAGAGUCUUUUGAGAAUGUCUAUUACGUGCCAGGCCCAGUACCACGGACCAAACAAGCUGGAUCUGCAGCUAAAAAAUUACCAAGCAAACUAUCAACAGCACCAAAGGAUUUUCACAGCAGGGAUUCUUCAAGGGGAGGGAAAGAAACAACUGCAGCUGAACCAAAGAAAAGCAGGACAUUGGACAUUGCCAAAAAACAAAAGGAAAUUAAAGAGCCUGCUAAAUUUAUCUCUAAAGCUGCGAAAAAUUCCACUGAAAAUUCAGAAAAAGAAAAACCAGAUGAGGACAAAAAACAAUCUGAUGAAUAUAAAGCUAAACUUUAUAAAGCUAAACUCAACCAGCUGUUUAAUCCAUAA